UGAGUAAUAGCACAAACCUCCACUAAAGCAAGCACAGUGAAAACAGACUAUAGUAGAUCAGGCUAGCACUUUGCCCUGCAACUAAAACAUGGGAAACAUGUGUAAAACUGCUUCCACAGUCGACUGUCAAGAUGACAAACUUAAAGAUGCCAAGAUCAUCUUUGUUGUGGGUGGGCCUGGCUCUGGAAAGGGCACCCAGUGUGAGAAGAUAGUUGCAAAGUAUGGCUACACCCACCUGUCAUCUGGGGAUCUGCUCCGUGCAGAGGUGUCUUCUGGCUCUGAGAGGGGAAAGCAGCUCCAGGCCAGCAUGCAGAAGGGAGAGCUUGUCCCCCUGGACACAGUCUUAGACAUGAUUAAGGACGCCAUGAUCGCCAAGGCUGAUGUGUCCAAGGGCUUCCUUAUUGAUGGCUACCCCCGUGAGGUGAAGCAGGGCAAGGAGUUUGAGAAGAAGAUUGGCAAACCCUGCCUGUUGCUGUACGUCGAUGCAAAAGGAGAGACCAUGGUCAAGAGGCUUUUGAAGCGUGGCGAGACCAGCGGCCGUUCUGAUGACAACGAGGAGACCAUCAAGAAGCGCCUGGACCUGUAUUACAAAGCAACCGAGCCAGUCAUUUCCUUUUAUGAGAGCCAAGGCAUUGUCAGGAAGGUUGACUCCGAGCUGCCAGUGGAUGACGUCUUCGCCCAAGUCUCUGCGGCUAUUGAUACACUGUAGUAAAACAACAUAGCUAGAUGA